AUGCUUCCAGAACCUACAAAGCCCGCGCCCCCAGCAGCUGACGAUAGUACGUUUGCCGCGCAAAUGACCUGGAAGAUGGCAUACGAUGAAUACAAGGACGACAAGGUCCUAUUCGACAAGCAAAAGGAAUCACUGCAGGACCUACGCAUUUUUAUCCUACAAACUGUGGAUGCCAAAUACACCACGUAUACCUACGGCAUCUCAUCAGCACGCAAUCUACUUGCCAAACUCAAGAAAUCCAUCGCGCCAUCAGACAAAGCACGCCGGGACGAAAUCUACAACCUAUGGCAGGAGCAGAAGCACUACCCCACUGAACGAACCGUAGAAAAAUGGCUAAGAGACUGGGAAACACUCGGGUCGCAGCAACCUAGGAUCAGCAAUUCAUACGGUUCACUAGUUGUGGUGCUUCCUUGCUGUCAAAGGAAGGGAGUGGCUUUCCUUGGCGCCUCCCUUGCUACCGAGGCCUUGGCACCAAGGGAGCGCCCCCCGGAGAUGGAGCCUCCACUGCUAGAGACGACAGCGGAUAGGCCAGACAUAGAACCAGAGCGCCCACGUAUGCGCGCGCCUGCAGCUGCUUGCUGUUCUAAUGCGGGACGUUCGAUUAGGGGACAAUCUCAGAUUACCGAGGGAACUACAUGGCCAGAGAUCUCACAGGCGGCGCGUGACCUUACUAUGACGGAAAAGACGCUCUCCAGCCAUGGGUUCAUGUAUGGAACAGCCCCGUAUCGCUUUGGAGCGGCUCCAGAACUCAACCCACCUCGACCAAUCUGUGCUGCCCUAACCGGCCUACGGAAAUGGGAUUCGCCUGCUGUCCUCGCCGACCGGGAUCUCCUACUCAAUGGCAGCUCGCGAGAUGUUAACCCGUGGAUGGCCGAGUACCGCUCCGAAAUUGUCAAAGAAGUAAAGCGACUCUGGCCCAUUAUCCAGGAAACCGAGAAGAGGCUCUUUGGACAAAAAUCCUUCUUUCUCAACAUGCAGAAGCACCCUGGGAGGAAGGGGAUGUGGUACCCAGAGAACCAGCGCCGCGACAAGCCUGACCAUCAGGGCGUAAUGGAUAUGGACCACGAGGCCUCCAGGGCCUAACUACACGACCAUUCCUGAUGAGCGUGCAGACAUGCGCGAAUCUUCCGCGGCCCCUCGCGAACGUGCAUCACCUACAGCCCUCUCGCGCGUCCUCGACGCGCUUCUCGUGAACGAGCAUCCUCCA